CUGAUACGACUCAGCCAGUAAAUACCACGUCUGAUGAUGGAUCUGAAGUGAGAAAAGAAGUAGUUAAUUCUGAAAAUGAUAUCAGUAUAUCAUUAUCCACUGAAGAAGAGAAUAUGAAGUCUAUCAAUAGUGGAAGGGAUGGCACAGUAGAUUCUCUGACAUCUGACCCUGCUGAUUCUGAGAAGGGAGUUAUACAUGACGAUGCAUCUAUUAAUGCUGACGAAAUCUUUGCUGCUUCUGGAAACAUAGCUGAAGGGAAAGGAGUUGAAGUUGAAAGUGGGUCUGGAAGUGUGGAAAAGCCACAUCAGCCAUCCUCUCUCCAUGAAUAUAUUCCUGAUGUUUCCUUGAUUCGUGCAAGGGGAGAUCAGGUAACUGAUGUAGGGGAAAUGCAGGAAGAAGAUGGUUCACACAUGGAGCAAUCUUCUGACUUACUUGCAAAGGCAGGUGUGGAUAAGAUUGCAACUGAAGAAAGGCAAACAAGCGAUCCAGCAUCUGCUUCCCCUUCACACUUUUCAGAGGGAUCCUCAGUUACACUUGAUUCAGUUCAACUAGAAGGAAUAAGUGGUAAUAUUAGAAGCCAACAGUUCAGGGAAGCUGCAGAGCUUAAUGAAGAGAAACCAGAAACAUCUAUUCAUUUUCCUGAGAACAGAGAUCACGUACUUUCUGCUGAACCUGAGGAAGGCUCUGUUGCACAUAUGACUAGUCAGCUGCAAUUGCCUAAGAGCGUCAGUCUAUCUGAAUCUUCGAGCCAUGAGGAACCUCGUACUAUCGACACAUUGAAUCUAUCUGGUGACGUUUCCGUUGCUCAUGUUCAUGAAGGCCGCUCAGUUAGCUUCGUACAGCUUAUGGAUAUUGUACGAGGACUUGGACAAGAUGAAUAUCAAAUUUUGUGCAAUGCAAGAGAGGCUGCUUCCAGUAAUGAGCCAGGAACAAGUUCCUUGGAGCGAUUAAGAGAAGAACUAUUUGUUUCGAGUACCAUGGAAGAUAUACUCCAUGUGCAACUCAGGGAACAGUCUCAUCUACAAAACGAGUUUGAUCAUCAACAUAACCAAUCGGUAGCUGAAAUAUCACAGCUUCGUACAUCAUAUAAUGCGGUGACAGAGAGAAAUGAUUCUCUUGUAGAGGAACUAUCAGAGUGCCAGUCUAAACUAUAUGCUGCCACAAGGUCAAAUGAGAAGCUUGAAAAUCAGCUUCUUGCUACAGAAGCACAAGUGGAGGAUUUCACUACUAAGAUGAAUGAAUUGCAGCUUAGCCUAGAAAAGUCCGUGUUGGAUCUAUCUGAGACGAAAGAAAAGUUCAUCAAUCUUCAGGUGGAGAAUGAUACGUUGGUUGCAGCCAUUUCUUCCGUGAAUGAUGAGAAAAAGGAACUUCUUGAAGAAAAAAAAUCCAAGAACUAUGAGAUUGAGCAUCUUUCGUCUGAGUUAAACAAUUGCAAGAACGUGGCGGCCAUACUAAAGGCAGAAGUUGAGCAAUUGGAAAAUACUAUUGGUCCACUGAAAGAUGAGAAGAUGAAUCUUAUGGAUGAUAAAUAUAGUUUAUUGGGUGAGGCAGAGAAGUUACAGGAAGAAUUGGCAAAUUGUAAGACGUUGGUCACCCUGCAAGAGGUGGAAAAUUCAAACAUAAAGGAGACGCUUUCUUUACUGACAGGCCAGCAGACUAAGUUUGAUGAGAACAACCUACGUCUCAGGGAAGAAAAUGAGAAAGCACAUCUAGAACUGAGUGCACAUCUGAUCUCGGAGACUUAUUUAUUGUCCGAGUAUUCCAAUCUAAAAGAAGGAUAUUCUUUGUUGAAUAAUAAGCUCUUGAAGUUUCAAGGGGAAAAGGAACAUUUGGUUGAGGAAAAUGAUAAACUUACGCAUGAACUUCUUACUCUUCAAGAGCGUACGUCAACUGUACAAGAAGAGCGGACUCAUCUAGAAGUUGAGUUAAAAGAAGCAAUAGCGCGCCUCGAUAAAUUGGCUGAAGAAAACACAUCUCUUACUAGCAGCAUUAUGGUCGAAAAAGCUAGAAUGGUAGACAUUGGUAACGAGGAUGCAUCAGGAUUAAUCAAUCAGGAAAUUUCUGAGAAACUUGAGAAAAGUUCAGAAGUCGGGGUUAGUAAACAGACCGCAUCAUUCCUUGAAAAUGCGCUAUAUACAAAUUUGGAAGAGGUGAUAGAAGAGACGUCUGAGUUUUCUGCCUUGAAGAAGAAUCUGGAUAAGGGGGAGAAAAUGGUUCAGAACCUUGAAGAGGCAAUUAAGCAGAUCCUUGCUGAUUCUUCAAUGAGUAAAUCUAGCGAUAAGGGUGCUACACCAGCAGUAUCAAAACUGAUUCAAGCUUUUGAGUCAAAGCAGAAACCAGAAGAACAGGAAUCGGAAAAAGCACAGUUAAGUGAUGAUCUAUCAGAAGGAGAUCAAUAUGUAUCUGUGAAUGUGCAGAUUAGAAGUUUGAGAGGCUUGCUUGCUCAGUUACUCUUGAAUGCUAAGGAGGCUGGUAUACAAUUCAACCAGUUAAGUGAUGACAGGACAUCGACAAAUCAAAGACUCAAGGAGUUAAAUGUUGAGUUCGCAUCUCAGCAGGAUCACAUUGAUGUUCUGGAGGCAGAUAGUAUUGAGAGUAAAAUUUCAUUUGAAGCUCUGAAGCAUUAUUCAUAUGAGCUGCAACAUAGAAACCAUGAACUUGAACUUCUUUGUGAAUCAUUAAAGCUAAGAAAUGGUAGUAUCGGUGUAGAAAACACGGAGCUCAAUAAGAAGCUGAGUUCUUGCUUACUAAGAAUCGAUGAGCUUGAAAUUCAGCUGGAAAACUUACAGCAGACUUUAAGUAGCUUUUUGUCCUCAAUGGAAGAACAGUUAGUGGCCUUGCAGGAUGAAUCUGAGAGGGCAAUGAUGCUAGAACAUGAAUUGACAUCAUUGAUAUCUGAAGUUGGUGAAGCAGUUGUGAGGCUUGAUGAUUGUCUACUCAGAUCUGGCACUUCUGAAGCUUCUGUUGGCUUAGAUAUGAGCAAGCGCAUAUCUGGCUCUAUUGAUAUGGCUGUAAAGUUGAUUGACGACCUGGAGGCAAAACUUGAAGCUGCUUAUGCGAAGCAUGAGUCCACCUCAAACCAAUAUGAGGAAUUGAAGCAGAGUUUCAAUAUUCUGUCUGAGAAGAAUGAAUUUGCAGCUUCUUCAAUGCAGAAGAUCUAUGCUGAUUUGACGAAAUUGAUUACUGAAUCAUGUGGGUCAGAGGAGAUAGCCAAUCUUGAAGUUGAAAACGUAGCUGUCUCUGAUCCUUUUAAGGAUGGUAGUUUUGAGAAUCUGUUGGAGGCUGUCCGAAAUAGUCUUUCUGAGAGGCUUGAACUUCGGUCUGUGAUUGAUAAGCUACAGUCGGACUUGUCGAGUAAAUCAAACGAUAUGGAGGAACUGACGCAGCAAAGCCUUCAUUCCAGUUCACUUCGAGAGUUAGUUGAGAAGGUUGAGGGUGUUCUGGAACUUGAAAGUGGAAUUAGUUUUGAAUCUCCUAGUUCACAUGUGGAGUUUCUUGUUUCCCAACUAGUUCAGAAGUUUAUAGAGACUGAGGAAUUGGCUCAUCUCCUCAGAGAACAGUUAGAGGCUAAGGAGAAUGAGUUGAUGGAGAUCCAGGAGAGUUUACUGCACCAUAAAACGGAAAUAGGUGGUCUCAGGGAAAAGUUAACCCACGCAGAGGAGGCGCUUGUGGCUGUACAAUCUGAGUUACAAGAUAAAUCUAAUGAAUUUGAACAAUCAGAGCAGAGGUUAUUAUCGACUAGAGAGAAGCUUAGCAUAGCUGUUGCUAAAGGAAAAGGCUUGAUUGUUCAGCGUGACAAUGUCAAGCAGUCAUUGGCCGAAACCUCUGCUAAACUACAGAAGUGCUCAGAGGAAUUGAAUUUGAAGGACUCAAGGGUUCUGGAAGUUGAAGCAAAACUUAAGACCUAUACGGAGGCAGGUGAACGCGUGGAAGCAUUAGAAUCUGAGCUUUCAUACAUCCGAAACUCAGCUACUGCACUCCGGGAAUCUUUUCUUCUCAAAGACUCUCUGCUUCACAGAAUUGAAGAAAUUUUGGAAGAUUUGGAUCUCCCAGAGCAUUUUCAUGCUCGAGAUAUAUUGGAAAAGGUGGAGUGGUUAGCAAGAUCAGCUAACGGCAACUCUUUGCGUCCCUCUGAUUGGGAUCAGAAGAGUUCUGAUGGAGGUGCGGGAUUUGCUCUCUCGGAGCCCUGGCGGGAGGAUGUACAAUCUGGCACAAGUUCUGAGGAUGACUUAAGGAUCAAGUUUGAGGAGCUCAAAGGAAAGUUUUAUGGAUUGGCUGAACAGAAUGAAAUGCUCGAGCAGUCCUUGAUGGAAAGGAAUACCUUGGUACAGAAAUGGGAAAAACUCCUCGAGAAUAUUGAUAUGCCUCCACAGCUACAGUCCAUGGAAGUGGAAAACAAGAUUGAAUGGCUUGCAACUACAAUAUCAGAGGCUACAGAUGAGAGGGAUACUCUCCAACAAAAGAUUGAUAACCUUGAAGUUUAUUGUCAAUCACUAAGUGCUGAUUUGGACGUAUCACAAAAGCAAGUUUGUGAUGUCGAGGCAAAUCUUCAGUCGUGUGUUAAUGAGAGGGUGAAUCUUUCUGAAAGACUGGAAAGUUUGAAUGGUGAUCAUGAGAGUCUUACUGGGAGGGCCAGUCACCUUGAAGUUGAGAAUGAGAAACUGCAGAAUCAAGUGAAUGAUUUGCAUGGAAAAUUAGUUGAGAAACUUGGGAAUGAAGAACAUCUUCAGACUAUUGAAGGAGAGCUAUUGAAUUUGAGGUACGUGAUUAAUGAUGUU